UUUGAUCCCAUCAGCCAGUGGAGCCGACAUAAUGUAUAACCUUACUUAGAGAUAAGGUGGAAAGCCUAAAUUGGAGACCCUGGCCAAAUGGCUCUUCUGGCCUCUUUCCCAGUGAUGACAGGCUGUCCUGCUGCCUCUGCACAUAGUAGGUACUCAUUGUUUGCUGAAUCAUGGGAAGGAAUACAGCUUUCCAAUUUGGUUACCAAAAACCCACAUAUAGUAAGUAUUCCCAAGAAACACUGCAGUCUAGAACAAUGGGGCAGGAAGCCACCUCCUCCUCCAAUGACCCCAACCCUGAGUCCAGCUGAAGGCUGCAACAGGAAGCCCCUCAGCCACUGUCCUUCCACUCCCUCUUCCCCACUGCCCCCAGGGGCUCCAGAUGCAGUCAUGCUUUCCAUCCGCUCCCAGCCUCUCUUCUCUUUCCAACCUCUAGAGGGUCCCAGGUGAAGAAAGAAAAAAGCACUUACAGAAGGAGGCAGGCAGCCAAGCUGAGCCCAGAGAGCCGUCCUGGGCGCCACCCCGCCCCCGCCCCGCAGGCCUGAGGAAUAAAAGAAACAGCCCGAAGACAAAGAAGGGCUUAAAGCACUGGGGCAAAGGGGUGGGGGGAAGGCCUAAGGAAGUUUACAAAGCAAUCUGUCAGAGAAGGGAUGAAAAGGGAGCCCCGCUGGGCUGAAGGGCUCAAGCCCUCAGCUCACCUUAGGCCCAGUUAGAAACCUGCAAUUACUUCAGCUAGUCAGAAAGACUCCCCUCCUCCUCGCUCCGAGAAGUGUGAUUAUUAACCUCUGAACCAGAAGUUUCCCUGAGCGUGAAGCCUCAACUUGCUGGGGUUUUGGCAGCCCCAAGUACCUAUGCUCUACUAGGCUCAGCACACCGCUCAAUGGAGCCCACCAAACUGGCCCAACCUCUGUUGCGUCUGAAUUUCUGGAAGAAACACAAUGAGGAUAAGGUCACCCACAGUUUCUCACAGCUAUUGAGCCACUUUGAUUUCCCAGAUUUUCUGGGCUAUCCAAUAUACCCACAAGCAGUUCUGGAAGUUUCCCUUACCACCAAAGCCAGGGUUCAUAAAAAGUAACGGCUAUCAUCCAAGAGCGCACGCUUUGGAGCGCUUUAAUCAUCUCACCCACGCCUCACAACAUCCUUAGGUAUGAUGGCCCUCAUUUUACAGAAAAGGAAAUGGGCCUGGAUUCAAUGACUUUCCAAAGGAUACACAGCCUGGAUUCCGAACCAGGUCUGUCUGACCUUGAGGCCCACGCUCUUUCCACUGGGGAUACCGCCUCUCAGGAAUCCUCCAGGAUUCCAUUUUAUAUGGUGCUCGGAUCAAUUUUAUUUUUACAGCCAGUCUAAUUUAGCAGUGGGGGGCUGUAUACUAACUUUAGUGAUAUCAAUGUUACUAAGUCUGGUAACCCACUACAAUCGGACCAGCCUCGGAUCGAUUUUAGAUGAGGUAGGAUGGUAUAAUUCUGUGACAUCUGAAGAAUUCCUAGCCCCACAGUUGCGGGUGGAAAGAGAAGGAAUGGGAAAGUGUGCAUUAUGGCUGGGUCGGGUCCUUCUAGUUCUUUUUAGACACUUGAGUAAUUUAAUCAUAAAUGACCGGGCAUUGGGAACAGGACACUCACUAAUAAAAGCAUGGCCUGGAGUUAUGUUUGAAAAAAAAUUUCAAGUUCCUCAGUGGGUGGAUCUAUCUGCAAAACAAAAGAAAGGCCCCUUUCCCAGCCCAGGCAGAGAAGUCUCCUGUACAGUUAGAGACAACAGGCUUCCGGGCACGUAGCCAAGGUUCUGGGGAUAUUUAUAACUUGAAGAGGGUGGGAGUCCCUAAUAAGCUGCUAUAUUCUUUUUCCAUCACUUCCCUCUCCAAGGCUACAGCGAGCUCGGAGCUCUUCCCCACGCAGAAUGCCUGCUUUCCUUAGUGCUGGACUUCCAUUGUCUAAUUUCCUCAUACUGGCUGGGGAAAGGGAAAGCUGCGAGUCCUCUCGUUCCGAGGAACUCCAGCUGAAUGCAGUUUAGUUGCUGGUGGUUUCUUGGCCAACCUCUGUGGUCUCAGGGAUCUGCCUAUGAGCCUGUGGUUUCUUUGAGCUGCCUGCGAGUCUGAGGCCUCGGGAAUCUGAGUCUUUAGGAUCAGCCUACGACAUCUGGGUUUCGCCUGCAAGUCUACAGAUUCGAGAUCUGCCUGCCGGUCUGAGACCUCCGGGACCUGCCAGUGCUAAAAUCUUUCUGAACGCCAGGUCUGAGAGAACGCUGCGGCUCUGGGAUCCGUUCGCGGUCUCAGGUUUUGGAGACGACGAUCUAGUGGAUCUUUUGCGCGACAGGAGCGCUGUCUGCUAGCUGCUUUUCCUGCUCUCUCUCCCUGGAGGCGAACCCUUGUGCUGGAGAUGGCAGCCACCCUGCUCAUGGCUGGGUCCCAGGCACCUGUGACGUUUGAAGAUAUGGCCAUGUAUCUCACCCGGGAAGAAUGGAGACCUCUGGACCCUGCACAAAGGGACCUUUACAGGGAUGUUAUGCAGGAGAAUUACGGAAAUGUUGUCUCACUAGAUUUUGAGAUCAGGAGUGAGAACGAGGUAAAUCCCAAGCAAGAGAUUAGUGAAGAUGUACAAUUUGGGACAUCUGAAAGACCUGCUGAGAACGCUGAGGAAAAUCCUGAAAGUGAAGAGGGCUUUGAAAGCGGAGAUAGGUCAGAAAGACAAUGGGGAGAUUUAACAGCAGAAGAGUGGGUAAGCUAUCCUCUCCAACAAGUCACCGACCUGCUUGUCCACAAAGAAGUCCACACAGGUAUCCGCUAUCAUAUAUGUUCUCAUUGUGGAAAGGCCUUCAGUCAGAUCUCAGACCUUAAUCGACAUCAGAAGACCCACACUGGAGACAGACCCUAUAAAUGUUAUGAAUGUGGAAAGGGCUUCAGUCGCAGCUCACACCUUAUUCAGCAUCAAAGAACACAUACUGGGGAGAGGCCUUAUGACUGUAACGAGUGUGGGAAAAGUUUUGGAAGAAGUUCUCACCUGAUUCAGCAUCAGACAAUCCACACUGGAGAGAAGCCUCACAAAUGCAAUGAGUGUGGAAAAAGUUUCUGCCGUCUCUCUCACCUAAUCCAACACCAAAGGACCCACAGUGGGGAGAAACCCUAUGAGUGUGAGGAGUGUGGGAAAAGCUUCAGCAGGAGCUCUCACCUAGCUCAGCACCAAAGGACCCACACGGGUGAGAAACCUUAUGAGUGUAACGAAUGUGGCCGAGGCUUCAGUGAGAGAUCCGAUCUCAUCAAACACUAUCGAGUCCACACGGGGGAGAGGCCCUACAAGUGUGAUGAGUGUGGGAAGAAUUUCAGUCAGAACUCCGACCUUGUGCGUCAUCGCAGAGCCCACACGGGAGAGAAGCCGUACCACUGUAAUGAAUGUGGGGAGAAUUUCAGCCGCAUCUCACACUUGGUUCAGCACCAGAGAACUCACACUGGAGAGAAGCCAUAUGAAUGCAAUGCUUGUGGGAAAAGCUUCAGCCGGAGCUCUCAUCUCAUCACACACCAGAAAAUUCACACUGGAGAGAAGCCUUAUGAGUGUAAUGAGUGUUGGCGAAGCUUUGGUGAAAGGUCAGAUCUAAUUAAGCAUCAGAGAACCCACACAGGGGAGAAGCCCUAUGAGUGUGUGCAGUGUGGAAAAGGUUUCACCCAGAGCUCCAACCUCAUCACACAUCAAAGAGUUCACACGGGAGAGAAGCCUUAUGAAUGUACUGAAUGUGAGAAGAGUUUCAGCAGGAGCUCAGCUCUUAUUAAACAUAAGAGAGUUCAUACAGACUAAGUCCUGUAAUUAUGAUGGCUGAGAAAUGAUUCAUUUGAAGAUACAAUUUUAUUUGAUAUCAAUGAACGCCCUCAAGACUGAGCUGCUUUUAUCAUACUCUUGUAGUAGUUGUGGGCCACAAUUUAAACCAUCAGAGAUGACAAGCCAUUUGAAAUUCUGACCCUCAGCUUUGGGAAUGUUAUCUCCUCCAAAAUGGUGAUUUUUAUUCACUCAAUGGGUUACUUCAUUAAAAUCAGCCCCACAAGUAACUGGAAAACGGAAGACCAGGGGACAAAUGCUGGUGAAUGCUCAGGCUUGGAAAUGGAGUAAAUCUUUCAAUGUUAUUUUCUCCCAUCCUUGGCCCAAGGAACUAUGCUAAGUGAAAUGUGGGACUGUAAUAGGGUGGUCAUGGCUGCUUUGGAAAAAGGCAACUAGAGACUCUGCCUGAAUUGCCACACCUAUUCACACACCAUAGUAGUUGGGCACACACAUCUUCCCCUCCAAAGGGCUUUUUCCUUGAGUUGCUCAUGCAUUUGUAUCUUUUCCAUCUUCCUGAGGGCAAGAUUUUGCACGAUGAAGGCAAUGAUUGUAACUUUUCUUCUCACUGUUUCUAAUUAGCUCAUUUAAAACUUGCAUCUUUGUGAAAGCUAACUGAAGAUACAGUUGGAAAGGAAAAACAAGACACAGGUUUGGGGACCAAGGACCCAUCAAUGAUGGUGACUUUAGCAGAAGAUGUCCACAGUUAUUACUGCCAUUAAUCAGAUUUAUGAAUUUUCUUUGGGGAUCACUAUAGGGAACAUUGCAGGGAAAAUAUCUUCAAGGAAAGAUAGGACCAUCAGUGACAGUUAAGUUUAAGGAGCAAGUGGAAUUGACUCCUUCAGGGAAGGAAUCACAGAGUCCCUUCCCAAGGAAUGUAGGUCGUUUCUGUGUUUUUCCCUCUCUAAUGUUUAAGAUCAACUCUUCCUAUCCUGCUAACUCUAAGAUUUGAUAAGGGCCACAUCCCAGUGUUUAUCUUAGCUUGCAUCAGGGCAUGUGUAUGUACAGUAAUGUGUAUUCCUGUGGUUUUUCUAAUAGCAGAAACUGAAUUUACAGAGACUUAGCAUGUUCUUGGGUGAUGUGAGUCGUGACGGAAGUGUAAACAUAACUCCAAUGUGAGAAAUGUCCUUUUUUCAUUAUGAAAAAAAUUUAAACACUAGUGCUUUAGUGUGCACUCUCCUGUAAGGUCUGUCUUUGUUCAGAGCUAAGCACUUAUUUGUAUGUGUUUGUCAAUUGUGGAAGAUAAUGACCAGACAAAUAGGUCAAUUGUCCUAUUCUCAGAAUGAAUUAUCUUCUAUGGCAAUGAAGAACUCUUUGACUUAGAAGGAAUUAACAAACCUUGGUAGGAAUGUAUUUCCAUCCUCCCACCCUACAGAUAUAAGUGGUUAAAAUAACAGUUCACCCAAUUUAAACCCAGUAGUGUCCGUUUUCCUAAUCUCAGUCCAGGUAGGAAUUAAGAAAUAUCUCAAAUGUUGAUGCUUAUCCAAGCAUGUUGGGGUGAAAGGGAAUUGGUGCCCAGAAAAUGGGACUGGAGUGAGGAAUAUCUUUUCUUUUGAGAGUACCCCCAGUUUAUUUCUACUGUGCUUUAUUGCUACUGUUCUUUAUUGUGAAUGUUGUAACAUUUAAAAAAUGUUUUUGCCAUAGUUUUUUGGGACUCGGUGUUAAAGGAGCCAGUGGUCUCUCUUGGGUAGGGUAUUAUAAUGAGUUAUUGUGACCCACAGCUGUGUGGGACCAUAUCACUUGUUAAUAACACAACCUUUAAAGCAACCCAUCUUCCAGUGGAGUUCCUUCAUGUUGCCACUCCUUUUUAAGGACACACUCAGGCAAGGAGCAUGUUUUUUUGUUCUUUACAAAAUCUAGCAGACUGUGGGUAUUCAUAUUUUAAUUGUCAGGUGACACAUGUUCUUGGUAACUAAACUCAAAUAUGUCUUUUCCCAUACAUGUUGCUGAUGAUUGUAAUAAAUGUCAAAGUUCUCCGGUUGCUUCUGUGAGCCACUACGGGGAUCAGCUUGGGAGUGGCCAUAGAUGACAGCAUUUCCAUGACCUAACUGUAUUUCACCCCCUUUUCCUUCCCUACUGUUCUUGCCCCACCCCAACCAGUUCCUGCUGCUGCUUUUGGCUUCUUAGAGGUGAAGGGCUCAAAACAAGGCUUCUAAGCAUGGAGCUAUCUCCGUACAUGAACAAUCUAGCUGGGGAACUGAAAGGACAAGGGCCACCCCAGCUGUCUCCUCUCUUUCUGCCAAUUGUUGCCCGUUUGCUGUGUUGAACUUUGUGUAGAACUUAUGCAUCAGACUCCCUUCACUAAUGCUUUUUGCAUGCCUUCUGCUCCCAAGUCCCUGGCUGCCUCUGCACAUCCCAUGAACACUUUGUGCCUGUUUUCUAUGGUUGUGGAGAGUGAAUGAACAAAUCAGUAUGUAGAACAGUUUUCCUCAUGGUAUUGGUCACAGUUAUACUAGUGUUUGUAUUAUUCUAACUAUAUUCUAUAAUUAAAAGUAUAAUUUUUAAAGUCA